UCUCACCCCGCCCCUCCGGGACCGGCGGCAGCACCGCCCCCCCCCUCCGGCUCGCCUAGGACGCGCGGUGAAACUCGGUCACCGGACACCGCCUGGUCUCAUCCGUCUCCGUCGCUUUCCAAAGGCGGAGAAUGCCACGAAAUGUCCCACAGGACAUCAGUGGCGCGUCGCUAAAACGCGCACGACCCUGCAGCGGCCGCGCGGGGAGGAGGGAGAUAACACGGGAACGCGCUCUCUAACAGGUUGUGAUGUUUGCUUCAGUCCCAAAGGUUUUUUUUGCUGCACAGUAGAUGACGUUGUCCCCCACAUGGUGACUUCUGUAGUUUCAGUGAGCGGAGGCUGUGAGGCUCCACGGGACGGGUCCCGGUUUCCAACGUCCUCCCACUCCCAUCUUUGCGUCUCCCGCUGUCUUCUAAUGCAGUAUAGAAACCUUUGUUUGACGGUUUGAUGGAGAGCCGGUCGAAUGUCAGCAGGAACUGUUGUUAUAUCCGGAGGAAUCCUCGCCGGAGUGAUACUGCUGUGCAUUGUAGCAGUGCUCUGCUACUGUAGACUGCAGUAUUACUGCUGUAAGAAGAAUGACUCUGAGGAGGACGCGGGCUCCGUGGCGGGAGCGGACCCUCUCUCACACUUUCCCUGCGACGCCUGCAACGCGCUCGCCAUGGACGGCGCGGCCAUCGCCCCCAUCUCUCUGGAUCAGCUGGACUCGGGUUCCCACCACAGCCACUGCCCCACCUGUUCGCCGUACUCGCUCCGCCCGGGACUCUCAGACGACCUGCGCAACGGAGACGAGCGGCUGGGCUUCCACACCUACUACGAGAACCCGUGCGUCUCUCUGCCGCCGCCCGCCAAGCCACAGGGCGCCACCCCUCUGAGCUACUUCAGUGGCACGGACGCAUUUCCUCCUCCACCACGUCCCUACAGCACCCAGGUCUGACCUCUGCUGCACCCGAAAGAAACACACACACCUGACAACUAGCACCUGCCCUAUUGUCUGGGAGUAAAUUCAGGUUAUGGGUUUUCGAUGCAGCACAGUUACACGCAUUCCCAGAUUUUGGAACAUGCUAAAUGCUGCCAUUGAUUCCAGACUGAUUCGUCCUCGGGGGUUAAUCCAUAAACGUUCACGAGCCCAGGGACGGAGCUCCUGUGUGGGCAAAGCAUCCUGGGACCGGACCCUGGGAGCUGCAGAGAGGGGCAUAAAGUGGCAUAAACCCCGGUUGGAUCAGCGGGGAAGUGGUACAAUCUCAUUUAGUUCCAAGGCCAAAUCAUUGAGAAUAAAAUGUGGGUGCAUCAUUCAAGACGCAGUUGAAGUGCUCAGGGAGACGUGCGAGCGUGUACAGUACUGUGAAGACGGGUCCCCAGGGACACUGAGACACAGCCUGGUGUACUUUCUCUUGUCUUGGUGCUGUAUAGGGGAGGCAAACUUUAAUUAACUUUCCAUUUUAAUGACUUAAACUUCUCAUUAAAUGCUUAUCAAAUUCAGUGAGUUUGUGGAUAUGACUCUGUAAUUUAGUUCUAAUCAUUGGAAAUGUAGAAGUGUUAUGAAAAGAACAAAUAAAUUGACUACGGUUAAUUAGUAGUAUUAUAUAAAUAUAUUAGUUGUAAGUAUUAUGAAGUAAUUAUUAAUAUUACUGACUCGUAAAGAAAAGCAUUAUUACAUUUUCUGCUCCGCUCCAAAUGCUAUUAUUGAUAAAUUGCACUAAUUACAAUUCAAAGUUCCAAGACAUUAACUGAUGUUGCGCCUAUCUGGAUUUUUUUACUUUUAUCAGGUGAAAUGAUAGAAAGAUGUGCUACCCUAUUAUUCUGAUCACAAACUGACACCUCAGUCAUCGAUUUGAUUUUAGCGGGUCCAGCAUCACAAACAUCCCAACCACUGAUGAAUAAUUUACCGUUUAUAAAACCUUUAACAUAAGAGUUUUAAGUCUAAAUCCUCUCAUCCGCCUCGAUCUUUCUGGGGAACCAUCUUUUUUUUCGCCAUGGCUUUUUGAAUACACGGUAGCUGGGAGGUGAUAAUGGAGGCUCCCAUUGUGUUUUUGUUGGUUUCUUUUUAUUCUAACCCGCAUCGUUCCCCGCUCUCUGUGCCCGUGUUACCUGCAGGGUCAAUGCACCGAGGAACACCCAUCCUGCUUACUGUACACAAGGGCUAACAGUAUUUUCUAUUAGGUGUUGUUGUUUGCUAACUAUAGGAACUAAUAAUUCUGUGCAUAUUGCCGAGUCUAGUUUUCCUAGAAAACAAAAGUAUGCUAGAAUAACUGAUUUGGCUUGUUUUUACUUCUUGUCAAUUGUAACGAAAGCUUGAAUAAUAAAAGGAAGUUGUGGGUUUUUUGGUGUCUUCCAAGGUGACGUAUUUAACUUCUUACCGUCUGCACAUUGAGAUGAUCAGAAAGUAAUGAAGGCUGUUCCGAGGGAAGAAGACACGCACAUUGUGUACUGUGUUGAUCUUGAAGCUUAAGUUUUGUAUCUUAUAGGUCAUUAUAUCUGCUAUACAGUAUCAAGAUGCAUUGUUAUUCCACAUUAAAUACCCAUUUCUAUGUAUUUUCAAGGAGUGUUAUAGUUUUUGAGGUAUGUCAGGAUUUAAGUGUAUUUGUACCAAAUGUAAGUUUUUCAUACUCUUCAGUUAUUAUUUUAUCUGGAUUUUCCUCCGUAUUUCUGCUAGUUAUAAUACAACAGAGUAAUACAAUAGGGAGAGAAAAGAAAUGAACAUUUUAACCUGGAAACGCACUUUAGAAUUGUCCUUACAUUUAGCCCAAAAGAAUACAAUAUAAAUUAAAAGAGAAUAUUUACUAUGACAGUGAGAAGAAUAUCCAUAUAUAAAGAGAUUUCUAAAUAUAUAUAUAUAUAUAUAUAUAUAUAUGCAAGAUCAGAUUAAUUCUGCGUUCUCAGCACCGCGUUGUUUCCAGUGAGCUGUGGGCUUUAUUACCACAUCUAACGUCCCUCACCUUGCAUCCUCUUGUCAUUAAUGUGCUGAAUUCUGUUUGUAAAACACUUCCCGCUUUUUUGUUGAUUUAGACGUCCACUCGGCAUUGGUGUUCUCUGCCAUUUAGCCAAUAUACUCACUCGAUAAAUGUGGUCUCUAUAGUUUGGUAAAAUGAGUUUAGAUUUCGUGACGACCAGUUUGUUGCAUUACAAAGAUCACCGUUACUGUGUCAGAACUAAACUGUUACUUUAAGGUUCCUGUUGAAAAAUGGUAUUUUUCAGAUUUUUCUCUGUGAAACGAGAAGCGGUUUCGGUAUUCCCUGA